AUGGCUCCGGUGGCACUGAUGUCUCUGCUCUUCGCGGGAGCCCUGGCCCAGCACGGGUCCGAGUGGACGUACUCAGAGGGGCCACUGGAUGAGGAGCACUGGCCCAAGGAGUACCCUGCCUGCGGGGGGGAGCGACAGUCGCCCAUCAACCUGCAGAGGAAGAAGGUGCAGUACAACCCCUCCCUGAAGGCUCUGAACCUGACUGGCUACGAGGCCCAGGGGGUUGAGUUCCCCGUAACCAACAACGGCCACACAGUGAAGAUCAGCCUGCCCCCCACCAUGCGCAUGACAGCCCCCGACGGCACGGAGUACCUGGCCCGGCAGAUGCACUUCCACUGGGGCGGCGGGCCCUCCGGCAUCAGCGGCUCAGAGCACACCAUCGACGGGCUCAGAUACGUGGCAGAGAUUCACGUGGUCCACUACAAUUCUAAGUACGGCAGCUACGACCUCGCCGAGAGCGCCCCGGACGGCCUGGCCGUGCUGGCAGCCCUGGUGGAGGUCAAGGAGCACACCGAAAACACUUACUACAGCGACCUCCUUUCUCACCUGAAGAACGUCACGAAUUCAGGAGAAAGCACAGUUCUAAGUGGCCUUCACAUCCGGGACAUGCUGCCCCAAAACCUCCAGCACUACUACACCUACCAGGGCUCACUCACCACUCCUCCCUGUACUGAGAACGUCCAGUGGUUCCUGCUGGCGGACACGGUCCCUUUGUCCAGGGCACAGAUCGGGAAGCUUGAGACCUCCUUACUGAACCACCAGCACAAGGUCAUGCAGAACAAUUACCGCAGGACCCAGCCCCUGGACGGCAGAGUGGUGGAAGCCAACUUCAAGUAUCAGCCUAAUCCUGACUCUGAGCUCUACUUUUACCUAGGCAAGAUCAACAGGAACCUCGAGUACCUGAGAAAAUAUGUGGACCAGAAGAAGGCCUAG